AUGCACCCCCAGUUGGAUAAGCGGCGGUUUGACACCUGUGAAGCCCUCAUGGACGCUCUUGAAGAGUGUCACCGUACCGAGUUCCUCAAGCAAGCCCUUGGGAAGUGCAACUACGAAAAGGACCAACUCGCCAGAUGUCUCCACUACACCCGGGUGGAAGACUCCAAGGAACGUAUCCGUGAGUCGAGAAAGAAGCAAAAGGAAAUCGAGAAGAAGCGGAAACAGGCGGAGGAAGAGUUGUACGGCAAGAACGGUUACCUCAAGAAGGUGGUUGAGCUCGAAAUGCAAAAGCAGCAGGCUUCGAAGUGA